GCAUGCGCGGCUCUGGGAGCGCGCAGCGUGGCGAUCGGCGGAUCACCGAUCACGGAAAGAGCCGAAGAUGUCUGCUCGGUCAUGUGAUCACCUGUGUCCAAUCACAGCUGAUCACAUGGGACAUGUACACUGAUCAUCAGGGCACUGAUGAUCAGUGUGCCCUGAUGAUCAAUGUAGCCCCAGCAUUGCCACCUGUCAGUGUCCAUCAGUGCCUUAUGUCAGUACUCAUCAGUGCCUCGUGCCAGUGUCCAUCAGUGCCACAUAUCAGUGCCUACCAGUGCACAUCAAUGCCACAUAUCAGUGCCCAUCUGAGCUGCCUUUCAGUGUCACCCAUCAGU